AUGAAGAUGCAGAAAGGAAACAUUGUCCUUAUGUAUUGGUUACUCUUGCAUCUCCUACUUUUAGAAGCUGGAAUAACUUCCAGUGUGACUAGCACAUCUGCCAGCACUGCAUCCAGUGCAACUUCCACUGCCUCCGGCACAUCUACCCCCACUGGAACCAGCCCGACUUCCAGUAGGACCAUCACAGCAACCAACGCUGGCUCCAGCACAACCUCUGGUGGGACCAGCACAGCCACUAGCUCUGGGUCUGGCACAGCCACCAACACCGCGUCUACCGUAACUACCAACACUGGGUCCAUCACGACCUCUGGUGGGACCAGCACAGCCACCAGCUCUGGGUCCAGCACAGCCACCAACACUGCGUCUACCGUAACUGCCAACACUGGGUCCAUCACGACCUCUGGUGGGACCAGCACAGCCACCGGCUCUGGGUCCAGCACAGCCACCAACACCGCGUCUAGCAUAGCUGCCAACACUGCAUCCAUCACAACUCCUGGUGGGACCAACACAGCCACCAGCUCUGGGUCCGGCACAGCCACCAACACCUCGUCUAGCAUAACUGCCAACACUGCGUCCAUCACGACCUCUGGUGGGACCAGCACAGCCACCAGCUCUGUGUCCGGCGCGACCCCCGGAGGCUCUGGCACGCCUGCUCCAACUGCAAUGCGCACAACUUCCAACAGGAUGAGCACAAGUGCUGCUACUUCGGGGAGUGAGGUGAAGCCUAGUGGGUCCCUGAAGCCAUGGGAAAUCUUCCUCAUCACCCUGGUCUCCGUCACCGUGGUCGCGGGGCUCUCUGCCGGGCUCUUCCUCUGUGUGAGAAACAGCCUGUCCCUGAGAAACAUCUUUGACACAGCUGUCUACCGCCCCCACGGCCCCAACCUUGGCCUUGGCCCAGGUCCUGGAGGGAAUCCCGGAGUCCCCCACAGGCCUAGGGGGAGCCCUCGCUGGUUCUGGAGCAGACCGACAUCUGCAGUGGCCAUGGAGAUGAGCGGGCCAUACAAUGGGCCCUGA